GCGCUGUAGCUUCCCGCCGUCCCCCGUUCGACAGUUGCGCUCGGUUCGGUUUGCUGUGCGUAGUUGGAGUGAAUUAUUUUUGUUUUCAUCUUCACUGGUUGUAUUAUAUGUUAAUUUUUGAUACAGAGUGGACUUGAUAAAUGUAAAUUAGUGGCCUGGUGACGAAAUAAAGUGUUCGCAUGGAUUGAGUGAGCAACUAUGUUACCUCCCACGGCCGGUCUCACUCAAGAACACCGCGACCGGACCGAUAUUAUGGCUUUCCAACAGAGACGCGACGUGAGAGAACUCACACGAGAGAUCAUUCGAGACGCCCGCGUAGCGAACAGGCAGCAGUCAACAUCCCCAGGAGCACGCAACCGUUUCCCAUCAACAUCAUCGACGGACGACAAUGAGAGCGGCACGGACGGCGAGGCGGACAGGUCGCGGCGCGCGAGCCUGGUCCACGGCAUGCCGCCCUCGCAGCCGCCGGGACACAUCGUCACCAUCCGCAAGCGGCGCGGCAACCUGCCCAAACACUCGGUCAAGAUACUCAAACGGUGGCUGUACGAUCAUAGGUACAACGCGUACCCGAGCGACGCCGAGAAGGUUACGCUCAGUCAGGAGGCGAAUUUGACUGUCUUGCAGGUAUGCAACUGGUUCAUAAACGCGCGCCGGCGCAUCCUGCCGGAGAUGAUCCGCCGCGAGGGUCACGACCCGCUGCACUACACGAUCUCGCGCCGCGGCCGCAAGCAGCCCGGCGGCGCCUCCUCCAGCGCUUCCAACUCGGGCGUCGUCGUCGCUUCCUGGGACGGCGUUGAGAACGACGCGGAGCGCAGCACCGAGCAAGAGUACACCGACGGGCUGCUGGUGUACCGCAGCGACGGGGACGACAUCGGCGACGGCGAGGAGGGCUACUCCUCGAGCGCCGUCAGCGAGGAGGAGGUCAAGUACGACCCCGUGUGGCAGUCCGUCAUCAGGUACGGACCAGAGGAUAAGGAGGUCCACCCUUGUGCGGGCGACAGGACGGCGGCCGUGGUGACGGUGCGCACCGCCGACGGCGAGGAGGUGCAGGCCGAGGUGGAGCCGGCCGACGGCGCGGCGGGCGGCGCGGCGGGCGGCGGCGCGGGCGGCUGGCACCCGCAGCUCGCGCACCUGCCGCAGCUGCCGCAUCCGCUGCGGCGCCGGCUGCAGGUGGUGCCGAGCGGCGGCGCGGAGGGCGAGCGCGACAAGUUCAAGUGCCUGUACCUGCUGGUGGAGACCGCCGUCGCCGUGCGCCAGCGCGAGAAGGAGGCCGAGGAGGUGCCCGUCUAGUGCCCCGGACUGGGGCCCGCAAGACACCGGCUGUGGUGAUUGACAAGCGACGUCCAUGUACGUCACAUCUAAUGUAUGUUCCUGUAAUUAAACGUCUUCGUUACCGCGACGGACGCAGUGCAAAACCGACGGCCUUACAUAUCCCUAACGUUUAACUGCUGGUUUCAAUAAAGAUUCUUAAUGCCACCUGGGAGACGCGAUGCAUUUCUAAUAUAUAAUAAAACAAAGUGAUCCUAUAAGGCGGAACCCUUUCGAGGUACGGAACCCUAAAAAUUAUAGGAAUGAUAUCGAAUCGGUAAAUCUAUUGCUAAGAUAUGUUGUUGUGGUCAUCCAUUAAUUACGUCAUACAAAUUUCAUGACUGACCCCAUCCCACUUCCUUGUCAUACAUGUUCACAUUUGCGGAACCCGCUUGGUGUGUCGUCACUUGUUUUGCAUUCUAACGCAUACCUUAUAUGUAUAGUCAGAUAGAAUAUAUUUUUAAGAUUUUUGUUUACAAUUAAAGUUCUGUGUUCUAAUCAUCGAUUUAGAUGUACUAGGUACUAGAUCUAGCGUUCCGAAUGCUCACUCUGUUCGACUGAACAGUACUGCAAUCCAUACACCUGACUUUAGUAUUUCAACAUUGACAGCGUGCAGUUGUGUACAAAGCGCUCAUAAUGUAAGAACUCGAGUCUAAGUGCAAACCUGGAUGUGAAUAAAAAGUAUUAAUCAAGUGCGUAAAAUUAUUUGUUUUUUAAGUGCAUAAAUAAGUUAUAAUACUAUAACAGAAAAAUAAUUUAGAAAAAUGAUUUUAUUUUUAAAUGUAACUCCAAUGAUUUAUACUCUAUUUAAAGCGCUUUAGCACUGCAUGUUUCAAAGGUUUGGUUAGACAGCGAUUGUGUCUAUAGAAUAUACGCCAAUGGUUCUAAUACUGAAGAUUUUGUGUUUGAAUGUGACGUCACGAAACUUUGACCCACCCGCCACCUCGUCACAUAAUGUCACACUUCUUUAAUCCCCUAUGUCACACUUCUUUUAAACGUGUGACGUAAUUUAUGGAUGAUCUCUUCUCAUAUUACAUAACGGCAGGGUUGACGAUUGUAAAAGGCAUCUAGUCAACGGCCCCAAAGCUGCAGAUCGACAUUCAACAACGAAUGCACCGAUCAGAAUAAAAUUUGUUUGACAUGUUCACAGAUUACUUGUUUUGGAUUGGUUUAUUAGUAUAAACCAGUCCAAAACAAAAUUGAAAAUCAUAGUAAGCCAUUGCUCUAGGGCAUUGGGAUCUUUAUUGAUAUCAGACUAAAGUAUGUUUCUACGGUAUUGGAUGGAUGCAGAGGAGUGGACUAGCGAUAUAAAUGAAAAUGUGUCGCGUGACGUCACUAUGCUCUUCCCGUAUCUGUAAUACUACAGGAGUGGUCUCAGUUAAACGCUACUUUUCUAAUAGUCGUAUACACUGUUUAUAGGCGGAGGGGGGGUCAGCUGCCCCUAAAUUCUGCACAAGUACAUACUAAUCUAUGUAGGUACUUGUACCAUUUAUACGAAAUUUCUGUUUCCUCCUGAUCAAAAUUUAAGAUCCCCCACUUUCUUGAUUUGGAAGCUGGUUAUGCUCAUGAUUUUUUUUACAUAAUCUAAGUUUUGUUGAUAAUUUCUGUAGUUUCUUUCAGUUUUGACAAUGAGGGGCUUAAUAAAAGUAUUCAGUGAAAUCCGGUUUACAUUCAAAACAAUUGGUAUAAAGUAGUGUGCCAUUUCUUCGUAUUACAAUAUAGCUGUGUAAGCAAUUGAUUAUGUUUCCUAGAGUUUCGUUUAAUUACUGACACCUGCGAAGUUCGUCCAACCUUUGUUGCGUGAGACAAAAACUACGAAACCAAAUAUAAUAAACGAAAACGAAAAUGAAACCAGCAUAAUUGUGUCAACUAGCGAGGGAUAAUCAUCUGUCGUCAGUCGUCUCUCUCUGGAUUCAUCUGUUACCAGUGCAUUAGGGUAAUUUACGUGCAAGUAAAAAUGGAAUUUGCAGAUGACACGAAUAUCGUCGACUAUGUCGAAUAGAAUAAAUCUACGAUCUCUUGUUAGCCGAUCUAUUAGCGUUUUUUAUUAUUGUAAUGAAGAACUGGCACAUUCUAAUAUAUAAUUACGAAAAAAAAACAGUAUUUCACAAAUAAAAGAAUUCCCAAGCGAGGGUUUCUACCCUCGCUUUCGUUCUCGAAACUAAACUUCAGAAGUCACCAUUGUCAGUUGCCACUGCUCUGUCGCGCCUCAAAUUAAAAUGACGCUUAUUAUGAAGGCCGUAUGGAGUAAUUUUGACUGUACACUUAUCAAUGUCGAUAUUUAUUAUUGAUAGUAUCGUAUGUCUAGGCGAUAUAUACUCGAGUGUGGAAACCAAUACAGUAUUUGCAUAAUAUAAAUGACGUUAUGUAAAAUAGCGACAUCUAUCGGGGAGUAAUGAUCAACCUGUGGUAGGGUAGUUGGCAUUUCCGUUAGGUCUAUUAGUAACGUAUUAAUGGUCUAAAAAGGAACAGUGCGACGGCAUUUAGAAUUUGCACAAAAAUAUUGUAUUGGCUUCUUCACUAACAUUAUAAAAUCAUAUAAACUUAGCAUGUUUAAAACGUAAUGUAUAUCAAAUAACAUAUAAAGACGCAAUGUCUAUAUCGUAUCAUGUAUUAUGGUAGAGCAACAGUAGAGAAUUUUUACUUCGACACUUUACAUUGUACUUUUUUACCGUCACUCGUCGUCGUGUUGCAUACAAAACCGGCAAUGUAUUAGAAUAGCGAAGUAGGUAAUCAAUACAGCGCUUUUGUGGACAAUAUAUGGAAGAAGCUAUAGUACGAUAGUUAAGGGCAUAGAAAUACACAAAUUUUAAGCUUAUUCGUGGAAUAUAUGAGAGGUUUAAGGUACAUAAUUGUCUUGUCAUAUUGACUAUAAAGACAACAUUAAUAUUGAAAAGAUGAAGUAGAACGCUUAUACGAUCGUGGCGAAAUAUUCAUCUCGGUGUAUCUAAUGCCACCAAAUUAUAUUAAAAAAAGAAAUUUAAAUUAUCGAUAUUAAUAAAAAAUUAAAACCAAAAUUAUGUUUUUGUUCUCAAUACAAGAGUAUAUUGUAUACUCAAAUUAUAAAAAGGAUUUUCGAUGGCUCACAUGUUGAGUAAAUUUUAAGUCAAAAAUUACUUAAAUUUAAAUAACAACGCGGAUUCUGGAUGUAGUAAUACACUGCCAGUUAACGGCCAAGUCAAGAAACUAUUCUAUCUCUAUAUUCUGAUCGACCUAAGAAUGUACCAAUCAGAAUUCAAUCUGAUUGACAUGGUUACAGAAUAAUUAUUUUACUUCUCAGAUACUCAGUUCUUACUAUACAGAUUCUUUCUGAGGGACUGUUUAUUGUAUAACAUCCCUGAAUCUCCAAGGUCACAAUAUGACUGAAGAAGUUUAUAUAUACUAUUUAAAAAUGCACCCAACUAUGUCAAGUAAGUUUUAAUGAAUAGGAUUGGUUUGCGUUAAUACGUGUAGGUUUGUUCCUCCAUAGGUUUCGAAGCAUUAAUAAGAAAAACAUGGCAAGGUCAUUAAUACAGUGAUACAUAUGAAAAAAUAUUUCUAUGAUGUCUCAAAAACGACACAUUUCUAUAAUAUUCUCAUUCGCAAGGCUCGAAGUUAUUUUGUUAAAUCCAGUUUUGGAAACUAAAUAAUUGCCAAUGAAAUAUUAUAAAUGGCAACACUAACGUAGCAUUUUGUCAUACAGAAUGCAUACCUAAAACAUUUCUUAUAUUAUUGGAAAUUAAAUCGUAAUGAAUAAUGACAUUUCUCAUUUAAAUAAAUGAAUGAAAAUAAAGUCAUGAAACUAUUUUAUAAUUUUUAUAUAGUAUUUCGAUUCUCUCGACUUCCAGUGACGUUUGUAUUUUAAUAACACCCUAUACAUAACCCAUACAUGUAUGUAAAUAUUUUUUUAAGUCGUGUAGUUUGUAGUCGUAGGCGGUUUAUUAUGAACGUAGAUGUUACGUUAAUAGUUAUGUUAUAUAUUAAAAUAUAUACUAUAAAGCGUAUUUAUUGUAUAUGAAUUUAUAUGGGGUGAUCACGGAUUAUACUAUACAACUUAAAGGGUGUUCGCAAAAGCGACAUUACAGUUUCCUGGCUAGAUAGCCGGUAGGUUUAGUAUGCGAGUUUGCAGGUACCUUUGCUUUGUCAAUUUAUAUAACAGAGUUAGGUCACUGAAUAGUGCUUGCAGAUUGCUGGCUGUUGAAAUUGACUAGGCAACGGAAGCCAGAUGAAAUUUCGUAUCUAAAAAUCUCGUUUAACGGUUGAUUGUAUUAAACGAUCCCAAUCGUUAACUUCGGAUUAAUUUGUCAAAAUGAACUAAUCAGAUUAAAGUUCGUCUGACAUACUAACAUAUGAUUGGUUUAUUCUUGGGUCGAACCGAAGAUAGCGAUUGUAAUCGAUUAUUGAUUUCAACUAUUUUGAUUUGUGAUCACACCAUUCAUAGACAGCUUCAGUAGAAUUCAAUCCUCAAUAUUAUAUAUAAACCAUUAUGUAACUAAUAUACCAACGAUACUUGUAUUAUAUUAGAAGUAAUGUGGAAACAUAGCGUGUUUUUUUAAUUUCAUAUACAAAUUUUAUCUUUCUAUUGUGGCGUGAAGGUAUUUUAAAUUUCACAUUUUCGAGUGAAAUAAAAAAAAAUAUUGCACGCAAUGUCUGACAUUUUUAAUUUUAAGACCUUAUUUGUAUGAAGAUUAUGCCUCGUCCACAAAACACGUCUAUUUUUAAAGCCUGAGAAAUCAAACUGCUGAUUCAUAUUACUGAGAUCCUGCAACUAAGAAUUACCUUAACAUUGUCAGUUUUACUUAUAAACUUGUUUUAGCAUUAGAAAGUGGUUAAGAAUUGCUAAAAUUGUUAUCAAAAACAUCACCGGUUCCUAGUUAAAACCUUAUUAAGAGGCAAGAUGGCGGGUUUUGACUUACAACUGAUCGAGUAAAUUUGAAUUUUAACUAAGCAUAUCUUUGCGAUUUUUUUAUAAGUAAGACUAUAUAUAUCUCAGUUGAGCACAGUGCAGUUUAUCCCACGCUUGGUCGAUGUUACUCUUUAUGUGUUUGACCAUCAGGCGGAUAUUCUCGCCGCGUCAUUAAGUUAAGCAGUGGACGAGGGAUGUCAUAUCGUGUGUUUGUAUGUAUAGGUUGUGAUAUGCAUUUUCCACGGAUGUGUACCGAUGUGCAAUGCUUCUUGUCUUCACAUCAACAGUUUAGACUAAACACAAACUAAUACGAUCAUAGACAAGACAUUGAAAAUAAAAACAAAUUUGAUAUCUGAGAGCUUAGAAUGUGGCAAAAAAACACGACACAACUCCGUGUCAUUUUGGGAUUGGUUGAGCGACCAACACGUGACUGACGCAAUGGUCUCUUGAGCAAUCACAAACAUCAGAGUUAAACGUCAUCGACUUACGAGUCGCGUUUUUUGGGACAUUCUACGGGGCCUCGGUUGUUUGGUAUGGGUGAUGCAUUAGCAGUGUUAUCAGCAGCAUCUUACUAUAAAGGCUCUAUAUAAAUUUUGAUUGGAAUCCCUUUGAUAAGUGGCAAAAAUUCUAAAAUAAAAGCUUUUGAAAUAUAACAAAAUUAUAUUGUUAGAUUUUAUUGUGCUCUCGCUCGUCGAUUACGAGCGGAAAAUUGUAGUCCGUCGCGGGAAACAUCAAUUCCACACUGCGUCGCUGCCUUCAAGACAAUGCGAACUUUUAGACGCCCUCUUAAAUUAAUCAUACAGUGCGAACUUUUAGACGCCUGCUAAGUUUGGCGUAUGCGCUAAAACUCAAGGGCCUCGUAUCAUUCAUACGGAUGAUACGUCGCUUAGUUACACCCCUCUGGGGCAUACAGGUUAAUAUGAGUAAAACAUAGUUCGUUCAUACCUACCGCAGAGGUGACCACGUUAAACGAUUAGUGUACGCUAAACUGCCGAUGUGAAAACAGCUUUAUACUUUAAUUUGUGUAUUCUUUAUGGAUCGGGUUGGUUGACAUAAAAUCUGAGGUAUUUUACAAGUGUACCGUGCAUGGUAUUAUUUUUGAAAGUUUUUGUUCAUUAUAAGUUGCGGUUUUCAUUUAUAUUAAGAUCGUUGUGAUGUAUGUUUUGUUGAUAUCUAUUGCAUAGAAUUGAAGGCAAGAGUGUAGCAAAUGUCUUGAAUUCAUAAAUAUUCGUUUAUAAAGCUGCAGGAAGAGCGUGUCACCAUCUUAACAUUAGGGACCGUUUUCACUAACUUCUUUAGUAUAAGUAGAUAGCUUUAACUGAAAAGUUAUAAUUUUUCACUAAACUGGUAUAUCGUAGCUAUGUUCCUAAUAUAAUAUGAUCAAUUUCAUUUUUUAUCAGUGUAUGAUACUAAACUAUUUUGUUGCAUCCUACAUUACAAUGUGUUAUACAUUACGGGUCAUCUUUGAUUAUAAGCCAUGUAAAAGUCUGCUAAAACACACCUUCGAUACCCUAAAUUUAUAACAAUGAAGAAUAAAAUAUAUUUAAUUUAUGAAAACAUAGCGGCAGCUUUUGGUUUAAGCAAUUUUAGACUAGAGGUAUUUUCUCCGCUAUAGUCUUUGAUUUUUAUCUUUCGUUUUUGAUUUAUAAUUAUUUUAGAUUAGAUUGAAUUGAUAAUACGAUAUUUGUUGAAAUGGCAUCAAUUUUGUGUCAAUCAACGUUAAUGUAAGUUUAGUUUUAUGUACUCGUAAAAAGGUGUUCUUUUCGUUUGUCUUAGUUCUUACCUACAGUACAAUAACUUAGUUUUGUAGAUGUUAAGUUCGUGUAAAUAAUCUCUUGUAAGUCUCCUUAGCGAAAUAAAUAACUUGAUAUAGA